AUGGAUUCCGGAUGUUUUAAAGGAACAAUUCUUAAAAAUCUUUUUAUUCCAAAACAUGUCUCAAUGAUGAAUGCAAACAUAGAUUCUCCAGAACCACUUAAAACAAUCGAAUGCGAUGAAUUAAGUGAUUCCUUCACUUCAGUGAAUGGUAUUCUAUAUACAAAAGAUAAAAAAUCACUAGUUUUCUUUCCGAGAAAUAACUCCAAAUCAUUCACAACUCCAAACUUUAUUGAAAAUAUUGGAUAUUAUGCAUUUGGAUAUUCAUUGCUCGUAUCCAUUACAUUCACAUCAAACAUAAAAACAAUUGAAACAUAUGCAUUUCUUGGCUCCCAAUUAAAAUCAAUGAAUCUCCAACCUUUCAUUAAUUUAAAUGGUUAUGGACAGUUUCAAAAUUGUGCAAGCCUAAAUGAAAUUACAAUAGAGAAUGGAGUCACAAAAAUUAGCGCAAUAUGUUUCUAUGGAGUAAAUAUAUCUAGUAUUGUAUUUCCAAAUACAUUAAAAACUAUUGGCGCUAAUGCUUUUGCAAAGUGUAAUAAUCUGAUUAAUGUUACUAUCCCAAGUUCAGUUACAGUAUUGGGGGGAAGAUGUUUUUCUCCGCACACCAAUAUUACCUUUGAGGAAGGAUCUCAAUUCAUAAGCGAUGAUCAAAAUCUAAUAUAUAAUUCAAGAACAGCCCUGUCUUUACGUUUGAGCGAGAAAGAAUCGUAUACAAUACCAGAGUAUGUUGAAGAGAUUCGUGACAAUGUUUUUAAUGAAAAUAAUAAUCUAAAAACUAUUGUUUUUGAAGGUGAAUCGAAGCUUAAAUAUAUAGAUGGCGCAGCAUUUGCUAACUGCAGAAAUCUAAUAAAUAUUAUUCUUCCAAAUUCUCUUGAAAUUAUUGGACGGCGUGCAUUUGCAGAAUGCAUAUCAAUCCGAAUAAUGAAAUUCGGAAAUAAACUGAAAACAAUAUAUGAUUCAGCUUUUCAAAGUUGCACAGGUCUUGAAACAAUAGAAUUUUCAGAAUGCGAAAAUACAACAAUUAGAGAUUAUGCCUUUAUUAGUUGUACGAAUCUCAAAAAUGUAAUUUUCUCAAACAAUAUAACAUUUAUUCAGAGAUUAGGAUUCUCAGAUUGUUUGUCGUUGAGAGAAAUUGUUUUCCCAUCAUCAUUAGAGAAUAUUGAUACAUAUGCAUUCAGUAACACAGGAAUCACAAACAUCACAUUUCCAUCAGACUCUAAACUGACAUCUAUUGGUAUGGGUUGUUUCAGCAAAUGUUUUAAUCUUUCACACAUCACACUUCCUCCAAAUGUCAAGCAGAUAGGAUCUAACUGCUUCGAGAACACGAACAUCACUUCGUUCACAGUUCCAAAUCACACCGAAUACAUGUCAGACUACGUCUUCAAAGGAUGCACAAAUCUAGUCAAGUUCACAAUUCCAGAAGACUGUUCUCUUCGAAACAUCGGCAACUUGUUCUUCGACGGAUGUUCAUCUCUUUCUGUCAUUGAGUGCCCACGAAGUGAAUACUUCUCAGUCGAUGUCGGUGCUCUUUACAACAAGUCAGAGACAAUCCUCUUCUGCUUCCCGCCAGCAUCAGAUAUAAAGUUCUUCAACCUCCCACAGACACUUCGUACUAUAUCAUCAUGUGCAUUCAUUGGAUGCAGAAAUCUGAUCAGCAUCUCUAUCCCAGACGACUCAGUUCGUACCAUCGAACAAUAUGCUUUCGCGAACUGCUCUUCACUGACAUCGAUCAACAUCCCUAAGUGCGUUGAAAACGUCGAGAGUUCUAUCUUCUUCGGAUGUGAUCAUCUGCGAUGUGGUGUCAUCAUCGAGAACAGGUCAAUCCCAUUCAUUAGUAAAAUCAUAUCAGAAUGUCUUCUUAACCCUAAAGCGAUAUACUCAUGCGACUUCCUUACAUGUCAAUGUAGAGUUAUCAACGCUGAAAUCACCCAAUCACUUCUUUAUGCAUUCGCUAUUAUUCUAAAUGUAGAAAUAUUCUAA